CACAGUAACGCGCACUCUCUACAGAGCGAAGAGAGAGUUGCCGUUUGUUCACGAGGAGCAUAAUGAGAUUCGAGAAACGGAAGCACAAUCACAAGAGGAGGAGGAGGAGGAGGAAUCUAGGGUUAGGGUUUCUUCAACAAUUGGGGCUCGAUCACUGUAAAGCUACAGUCUUUGAAUGAUGGCCGAGCUGGAAAGCCCAUCGUUGACUCUGUCUCUCUCUCUCUCUCUCUCUCUCUCUCUCUCUGUCUCCCUCUCCCUCUCAAGGGUGAGUGAUUUCUGACAACCCACCAUCCAAUUCCAAUACCCCUCGUGAUAUCUUUUAAACCCAUUAACCCUAAUCAGCGACUCACCAUUUCUAGGGUUUCUUCUGAGGAUCUUACAGCAAAAUUUCAUAGAGUUGGGUAUACAUUCUCAAUUUCAGCGUAAUUUAUGUGUAUGGUUUUGCUCUGAGCCCUCCCAUACCAAUACCUAAAAAAAAAGGAAAAAAAAUGAUGCCCAGAUUGUUAUUUUUGGGUAUUGUGUCCUGCUUUGUUCUUGUUAUUCGUUUGGACGCGCAAGAGAGCCAAAUUCUCUUGAAUUUCAAGAAAGGGCUUGUUGAUAUCGAUGGAAAUCUCGACAGUUGGAGCUCUUUGGACUCUAACCCUUGCCAUUGGAGUGGUAUCGGCUGUGUCAAUGCGUCGGAGGUAACUUCGAUAAAUCUCCAUGCCUUUAAUCUCUCCGGUAGGUUGCCUACAGGAAUAUGCCAACUCCGGUACUUAACCGCCUUCAAUGUUUCGACAAAUACGUUCUCGGGUCCUAUUCCUGUGGAUUUCGCUUCUUGUAGGAAUCUAGAAGUCUUAGACCUUAGCACUAAUGAUCUCCAUGGUGAAAUCCCCGGAGAACUCUGCGGUUUGUCUUCGUUGAGAAUGCUCUUCUUGAGUGAAAACUUUCUCUAUGGUGAGAUACCAUCCCAAAUUGGUAAUCUCACGUCACUGAGAGAGCUUGUCAUUUAUAGUAAUAAUCUCACCGGGCCAAUUCCUUCUUCGAUCCGAAUGCUGAAAAACCUUAGCAUCAUUCGCGCAGGUCUAAAUGAAUUUUCGGGUAUUAUACCUGCUGAAAUUUGCGAGUGUUAUAGCCUAGAGGUUCUUGGGCUUGCCCAGAAUAGGUUUGUAGGGUCUCUUCCUAGAGGGCUCCAGAGGUUGAAGAAUUUGACCACUUUGAUUCUGUGGCAAAAUCUGUUAUCUGGGGAAAUCCCUCCAGAGCUUGGUAAUUGCAGUAGGUUAGAGAUGAUUGCUUUGAAUGACAAUAGUUUCACUGGAAGCAUACCAAAGGAGCUUGGGAUGUUGUCAAUGUUGAAAAGAUUGUAUGUCUAUAGAAACAAAUUGAAUGGACCGAUCCCUAGAGAGUUAGGGAAUUGUGUGAGUGCAGUGGAGAUUGAUUUAUCCGAGAAUUCGUUGUCGGGAACCAUUCCCGUAGAGCUUGGUAGGAUCCAAACUCUUCGACUUCUUCAUCUUUUUGAGAAUCUAUUGCAAGGGAACAUCCCUUGGGAGCUCGGGCAGCUGAGUCAGUUGAGAAGGAUAGAUUUGUCUAUAAAUAACUUGACGGGUACCAUUCCUUUGGGGUUUCAAAACAUCACCUCUCUUGAAUACUUCCAACUUUUCAACAAUUCUCUCGAAGGCAUCAUUCCUCCUCUAUUAGGGACCAACAGCAACCUCUCUGUGCUCGACUUGUCUGACAACAAGCUAAACAGUACUAUACCUCCUUACCUUUGCAAAUAUGGUAAGUUGAUUUUCUUGAGCCUUGGUUCAAAUAGCUUGGUAGGGAAUAUCCCUCAUGGGGUAAAGACUUGCAAGAGUCUUGUGCAACUGAUGUUGGGGACUAAUAAGCUUACAGGGAGCCUGCCCGUGGAAUUAUCUGAACUCGUAAAUCUCACUGCUGUAGAAAUGAAUAAGAAUCGAUUCUCCGGACCAAUAAUUCCUGAAAUUGGCAGGCUCAAGAAACUUGAAAGACUCUUUCUUUCCGAUAAUUAUUUUAUAGGUCAAAUCCCUCCUGAAAUUGGAGAAUUAUCAGAGCUUGUGUUCUUCAAUAUCUCCUCAAACCAGCUCUCUGGAGGUAUUCCUCAUGAAUUAGCAAACUGUACAAAGCUCCAGAGGCUUGAUCUUAGCAGGAAUCAGUUCACUGGUUAUGUUCCAGAAGAUCUCGGCAAUCUAGUGAAUAUGGAAUUACUCAAGCUAUCUGACAACAUUCUGAAUGGUACAAUUCCUAGUAGUCUAGGAAACCUCUCUCGUCUUACUGAGCUGCAAAUGGGAGGGAAUCAUUUCUCUGGAACUAUACCCUUCGAGCUUGGCAGACUUGGAGCUCUACAAAUUUCACUCAAUGUUAGCUACAAUAACCUCUCUGGAGAGAUACCGGCCGAGCUCGGAAGCUUGCAAAUGUUGAUAUCGCUUUACCUGAACAACAAUCAACUGGAUGGUGAAGUGCCCUCUUCAUUCAGUGGCCUGUCAGGCCUUUUAGAAUGCAAUCUCUCUUACAAUAACCUUGUGGGAUUUUUACCUAGUGCUCCUGUGUUCCAAAGGAUGGAUGUUAGCAAUUUUCUUGGAAAUGAUGGCCUAUGUGGGAUGCAUCUUAGAGCAUGCCAACAAAAUCCCAUGCCAUCAAAUGCUGAAGAAUCAAGCUGGAUCUCAAGGGAUACUGCAAGUGAGAAAAUCAUUAGCCUUGUUGCGAUGGUCAUAGGAUUUGUUUCCUUAAUUCUCACAGUGGGAGUCUGCUGGGCCCUAAAGCAACAUGUACCUAUUCUCGUCUCGUGUGAUGAUCACAAAGAUGAUAUAUCAGGCAAUUAUUAUUUCCCGAAGGAUGGUAUCACAUAUCAAGAGCUUCUUAACGCGACUAACAAUUUCUCGGAGAGUACCAUAAUAGGAAGGGGUGCCUGUGGUACAGUAUACAAAGCAGUCAUGGGUGAUGGGGUUAUACUUGCAGUCAAGAAGUUAAAGCCCCAUGGAGAAGGGUCUACUGAUGACCGCAGUUUCCAUGCUGAGAUAUCUACACUUGGGAAUAUUAGACACUGUAACAUCGUGAAGCUUUUUGGUUUCUGCUACCAUCAAGACUCUAACCUUAUAUUAUAUGAAUUCAUGGCUAAUGGUAGUUUGGGGGAGCUGCUUCAUGGGACUAAGGAAACAUGUUUGCUUGAUUGGGACGCCCGCUAUAAGAUUGCUCUUGGAGCUGCCGAGGGUUUGCGAUAUCUUCACUGUGAUUGCAAGCCUCAGAUAAUACACCGUGAUAUAAAGUCAAAUAACAUUUUGCUAGAUGAAGCAUUUGAAGCUCAUGUAGGAGACUUUGGAUUGGCAAAGUUAAUUGACAUUUCCCACUCCAAGACCAUGUCUGCAGUUGCUGGCUCAUAUGGCUAUAUUGCACCAGAAUAUGCUUUCACAAUGAAGAUCACUGAAAAAUGUGACAUCUACAGUUUUGGAGUUGUUCUAUUGGAACUCGUCACUGGGCAAUCUCCAAUUCAGCCUUUGGAACAAGGUGGGGAUCUAGUCAAUUGGGUGAGAAGGUCAAUGCAGAACGUGUCACCAAUCUCUUGCAUUUUUGACCAUCGUCUAGAUUUGAGUUCAAAAAGAAUGGUGGAAGAGAUGGCUUUGAUUUUGAAAAUUGCUUUAUUUUGCACCAGCGAGUCUCCAUUUGAUAGGCCAACAAUGAGAGAAGUCAUAGCCAUGAUGAUCGACGCUAGGGAAUCUUCGUGUAGUUCCCCAUCAUCUCCAAUGUCAGAGACACCUUUAGAUGGCAAUGUUUCUUAUGAAGAAAGGAGUAUGCCGGUGUUUCGAUAACCAGUCUGGAGAGCAAAGGAGAAGGGUAUGAAGUCACUUAUCGAGAUAUCUUCAUAAGAUACGCCCAUGUCAAUUCGGUGAAAUUUGACGCGAUCCUCAAGUCUCAUAAUGACAAUGGUUAUGCGCGUGGAAAUAUUCGCUGCCUUGGUCUGUAGAGCUAAUAAAUCUUGUGAAGGUACCUUGCAGGAGUAAAAGGUUGAUGCUAUCUUCAUCUGGAAGAAGCAGAGGUUGAAAAGUUGCACAUGCAUAAUCCUGUACAGGCUCUUGAGCAGGUGCACAUAGAUGACUUCAUUUGCUGAGGCUGUUGUUUAGGGUGCGGGGGGAAAUUUUAACAGUAUCAUGUGCAAUAUGCAAUAUGGAUGACCAUGAUUUACUGAAACAUUUACAGCUCAUUUCAUAAUUUUGAUUAUUAUUACUAUUGUGGUUGAUGUUA